AAUAUAUUCUGAUUGUCUCUCCUUAGUCAUCCGAUCAUCAAAAAAUGAAUUCUUCCUUCACCAUUCACCUCUCUCUCAUCGUCAUCUUCUUCUUCUUCUUCAAUUUUCUCAGCAUUUGCACUCGCGUUACUGAUGCUGCACCAACUUAUUUAUUGCAUUCCUGCCCAAACACCACCCUCUUCACUCCCAACUCCACCUACCAAACAAAUCUCAACACCCUCCUCUCUUCCCUCUCCUCCGCGGCUGCUGCCGUGGAUGCCGACGGCUUCGCCAAUGCCACCGCCGGCAAAAACCCACUUGAACGCACCUACGGGCUAUUCCUCUGCCGUGGUGACAUCGCCCCCGCCACUUGCGGCGACUGCAUAGCGAACGCGAGCAAGGAAAUACUCCGCAACUGCCCUAAAGAGAAAGACUCCAUCAUUUGGUACGACGAGUGCAUGCUGCGUUACUCGAACCGAUCCAUUUUCUCCAUCGAGCAAGAAUCGCCGGGCUUCAUAUUCAUGAACACGGACAACAUUUCAAACCCCAGCAGCUUCAGCCGGUUGCUGAAGGACACGACCAAUGAAUUGGCGGAGAGGGCGGCGAGCGAUGGGUCCGGGAAGAAGUUUGCCGUCAAGGACACCAACAUCACGAGCUCGGACCAGCUGUACACGCUCGCGCAGUGCACGCCGGACUUGACGGCGGCGGAUUGCAAGGCAUGCUUGCGAAAGGCCAUCAAUUAUCUGCCGAGCGACAGGGCGGGAGGGAGAGUGUUGGCCCCGAGCUGCAACGUUAGGUUCGAGCUUUACAAGUUCUAUAAUGAGACCGUCUUCCAUGAAGCACCGGCACCGGCGCCAACACUUGCUCCGCCACCUCCGGCGGUUGUAGCUGCUUCUCCUUCUCCCUACCAUAAACUCAUUUGCCGCUCAUCGAAAUCGCCGAAGCUUGAGCCCCCAUGGUCGCCGCCGGGGAGUGGCAAGCUAAGGUCUUGUGCUUGGAUUCCUCGACCACAUGGUCAUGGGCCUUAUGGCUUUUUGGGCCAUCUUGUCAGUGCACCUAAGCUAAAUAAUGGACCAAAUAAUUCGAUAUGGCUAUUUCGAUGGACUGGAUGCAACUCCGGAUAGGAUAACUUAUAUCGUAUUCGGUGUUUGACUC